AUGAGUCGCUCCAAAGACACCUAUGGCGCCGAUGAUGCCGUUCUCGUGGAUUCGUCCAGUACUUAUCAGACCACAAUGACUGAGAGCAACACUCUUUGCCCGGUUCCUUCGAACAGAGGCAGUUCCUGCCACCUUUAUCAUAUAUAUAACACACUCUUCCGCCAUGAUUAUAGCGUUCACAAUGCCGACAAGGAACAGCUAUACCAUGUCCACAAUUCGACGUGGACACCGAAGAAACCCGAUCUCAGUAUCCAUGCCGGCACUAGUACACAAGCACCUGUACUGGCAGUCUGCAAAUUCUUGCAUUUCUCCAGGCAUCUCAAAGUCGGGAUUGGAAAUCCUGAAACACCAAAUUCAGUCAACUGGGAAGAUCUCGUGUGUCUCAGUCACCUUCAUGCAAGAUAUCGGUUUCAGAUCUUCCUCCACUCCGAACAUGGGGUAGAACGGCGGUCAUUCAUUUGGAAGAGCACACAUUCGGUAGGAGUUGGGGAUACAAAGCCUUCGAUCUUUUCCUGGCGCAACUACAAGCUUGUUGAUGAGGCGACUGAUCGGCUCAUUGCCGUGUUUACGAGCAACUUUUGGGGCUAUAAGAAGUCUGGAAAGCUUGAGAUCUAUGCAAAUUAUGGGCAGGAAUUCGACCUAAUGGUCAUCAUCACUGCCGUUGCUCUGUAUGAGAAACAACGGCGACGAGACAGUAGCGCAUCCUCAGGAGGAGGAGGCGGCGGCGGCGGCGGUGGUUAG